AUGGCUACAAAACUACCAGAGCUCUCGCCAUCCACUCGACCUCCGAAGCUGUUUCUGGGCAAUAGCACAACUCAGGUCACAUACAUAUAUAUUGAUGACCCAUCAUUCUUUGUCCAGGUCCAUAUGUUGUUGUUCAACAUCACCUUGGGAUCAGGUAUGAACGGUACCUACAAUAUUUCAUGGGAUUCUCCAGCUAAGGGCAUUACUAUCUCAAGUGGUAGCACUUUCUUUGUCCUCGGGUGUGAUUUUGAUGUCAACUUGUUCGAUCAUGUGAGAAAUCAAAUCGGCUCUUGCAUGAGUAGGUGCCACGGCGAGGUAGUGCCUAAUCAAAGGCAUUGCAAUGGGAUCGGUUGCUGUUUCAUCAUCUUACAAGAAAACGUCUUAGGCUUUCAGGCAACAAUUGUUCAGGCAGAUGCUAUGGCAGCACGAUCAGAUUCUAUGCACCCUAACAUCAUGGCUUUCAUGUCGAGUGAAUAUUAUACAAGAAACGCAACUGAUCUUUUCUCAAGUUGGACAAAUACAAGCACGAUUGCUGGCGCUAUGAAAGUGAUCGGGUGCUCUAGCCUAAGAGGGGGAGGGGGUGAAUUAGACACUAAUAAAAACUUAGACCUAUGGCUCCAACUAGUUUGCACAAAAUUUAAACGUAAACAAGCUAUCUAGAUGUGCA